AUGGCUACCGCUGCUUCUAUGCCCAUUCCCAGCCCAGCGCCAGCUUCGUCGACCCCGCGCAGCCCCGAGACCGCCCAAGUUUCGAACAAUUCGCCCGUGACGAUGCCAACACCAUCCCCACAGUGCAGCCCUGGGUGUCCCGGCGCAGUUUCGCGUGAGCAGCAGCAGCAGCCGCAAUCGGCGACAGUGGCGCCGAAGCCCUCAGUUCAGCCGGUCCCUCCUCAAGCGCACCAGGCGCAGACUCCGAGUGUGCCGCCUCCAGUGUAUGCGGCCGCUCCACCGCCCAUGGGGCCGCAGCCUGUGAUAACUAACGUAGCGCUUGGAUCACAGUAUCAAGCAGAGCUUUUCGGUCGGUGCGCACGGGGGUAUCACGAGCCAACAACGAAGUUCGGACCUUGUGGAAUCAUCAGCGCGAUUUUCUGCUUCCCAUUGGGCCUGAUCUGUCUCUUCGCGGACACGCACAAGCAGUGUUCUCGCUGCGGAGCGGCUCUCGCCUGA